GGUGGAAGGGGGGGAUUUUUUUUCCCCUCCAUCUUUUUUGAACAGAGCGGCCGUAACUCCGCGUGGGGAUGUCACGAGCGCGAGGGCGAGAGCGAAUUUUCUCCGGCGGAGAACGGCGCCGCUGUUUUCUUCACACAGAGGCAGCUGAAACGUGGAGACAUCACUAGCCAGCUAAUAUUAGCUCUCAUUGGAGCCAGUCGCUUUAUUCCCAGCAUAAUAAGAACAAGAAAAAAGAAAAAGAAAAAAAAACGCCACAGGAACGCAUUAUCAGCGUGGAUAAAAGUACCGCGUGUACUGCUUAUUAUGAUCCGGAUUCUUGUCAAACCGAGGCGCAGUGCAAGUUGUUCCCAACAAGGCUAAGUUAAUGACAACACGUCAUUAAUCGACCAACUUCUCCCUUUAUUUGUGUUGUUUUAGUUUACAUAUUUUCUAAGCGCUUCUUUCGGCUGCUCUGAAAUAAUAAUUAAAGUACGUCUGGUUUUAAAUAUGUAAGUUAGAGAAGGUCCUUCAGUUCCCCCUUGAAGCGCAGGAAUUUUCUAUGCCAUUCAGCGAGCAGUGAUCUAUUUUUAAAUGUUUUUUUUUCUCCAAUACUUUUCUUGCCCUAUAUUCGAUGUGAACCAAGUGUAGCUCUGUAAGAUGUCCUGUCGCGCCUGAAAUGCCAUCACACCAGCAGAUGAAGAGGGAGGAUGGAGAGCAGCCUGCCCAUAACAUUACUUUACACAUAGGACAGACAGCAUGAUGACUUUCGCCUCCUUUCUCAGCUGAUUCCAGUCGCUCCUCUCACUGAGAACCAAAUGCAUCAGGCUUAAUUCUUUCUUUAAAAAAAAAAUUAAAAAUAAAGUGGAAUAUUUCAUCACAACUUAUAUGCAUGAGAAAUCUAUGCCCAUUCAGAAAGGCCCAUGGAUUUUUUGGGACUGAAGAAAGUUCGUAAUCCGGAUCGAAUGUACAGAUCAGCAGUGUGUUAUGCUGGCCAUGGUCCACCUAAGAGUAUCAGUGAUGACACAGAGACGAACAAUGAACAUGGACAUUUGAAAAUAUACCUGCCCAAGAAGCUACUUGAAUGUCUACCAAAAUGCACGUCGCUGCCGAAGGAGAGGCACCGGUGGAACACUAAUGAGGAGAUUGCAGCUUACUUGAUAACAUUUGAAAAGCAUGAAGAGUGGCUAACGACAUCCCCUAAAACAAGGCCACAGAAUGGGUCGAUGAUACUGUACAACAGGAAGAAGGUGAAGUAUAGAAAGGAUGGCUACUGCUGGAAGAAGAGGAAAGAUGGGAAGACCACACGAGAGGAUCACAUGAAGCUGAAAGUGCAGGGAGUUGAGUGUCUGUAUGGCUGCUACGUCCACUCCUCUAUCAUCCCCACAUUCCACCGCAGGUGCUACUGGCUGCUCCAGAACCCAGACAUCGUGCUUGUCCACUAUUUGAAUGUUCCAGCCAUCGAGGAUUGUGGGAAACCAUGCGGACCGAUCCUGUGUUCCAUCAAUACAGACAAGAAGGAAUGGGCCAAAUGGACCAAAGAAGAGCUGAUUGGACAGCUAAAGCCCAUGUUUCAUGGCAUCAAGUGGACUUGCAGCAAUGGGAACAGCAGCUCUGGCUUCUCAGUGGAGCAGCUAGUACAACAGAUUCUGGACAGCCACCAAACUAAGCCACCUCCCCGGACUCACAACUGCCUCUGCACGGGUACCCUGGGUGCAGGGAGCAGUGUACACCACAAAUGCAACAGCGCCAAACAUCGUAUCAUCUCCCCCAAGGUGGACCCCCGUUCUGGCUAUAGCAGUGGACACUCUGAGGUUCAAAACAAUGAUGUGUCUGAAGGGAAGACCGAACACAGUGCCCAUGGUGGAGGGAAAUCCGGAGGGGGCACUGCCAGGGAGAAACGCAAUGGCAAGGUCCACAAGCCUGUCCUCCUGCACCAAAACAGCACAGAAGUGUCAUCCACCAACCAGGUGGAAGUCCCUGACACUACACAGAACUCCCCAGUGUCCAUCAGCAGCGGCCUCAACAGUGAUCCGGAUAUGGCUGACAGCCCUGUUGUGACAGGAAUGAGCCAUGUUCCCUCUGUCAUGUCUGGACUGUCUCAGAGUGUCUUCAUGUCUGAGGUUACUGGAGAACCUGUCUAUAGCAUGUCUCCAGCUGGGGGUCCAAAUGCUCAUCUGAUGGGUGCAGAUGCCACUUCACAAGGGUUGGUUUUGUCCAUGACUGCUGAUCGACACAAAUUUGCCUUCCCUGGAGGAGGAGGAGUAGGGGAACCUGGGACUACCACUGCAGGGGAUAGUCUGUCUAUGUUGUCCACAGCUGGUGUUUCUGAAGAACUGGUGCUAACCAGCAGUCUCGAUACUGGAAACAUCAAGAUUCCAGAGACUAAUAUGAACUUUGAUCCCGACUGCUUCUUGAACAACCCCAAACAGGGUCAGACCUAUGGGGGCAGUGCUCUGAAGACAGAGGGUAACUCGUCCUCAACAUCCUCUUCCUCCAAUGGCAGCAGUAGCACCAAUGGGAGUCUCCAGCGCUCCCCGAACAUGUCAGACAAUAGCUACCCCUUCAAUUCAGCUCUCGUUAAAAACAUCAAGACAGAAGACACCUCAUUUGAGCAGCAGAUGAAAGAAAGUGGUUAUCAGGUCGGAGGAGUAGUGAACUGUGGUGGUGGUGUGUCAUCUGGUACUGGAUCAGGUCAGGGCAGUCUUAGUCUGACACCAACAGGCACGCUGCUUCCUUCAGGAGGGGGACUCAGUCCUAGCACCACUUUGGAGCAGAUGGAUUUCAGUGCCAUUGAUGCCAAGCAAGAAUAUACUUCUAGUGCUACCCCAGUAAGCUAUGGUCAGGCAAUUCCUAGUCCACAUAUGCAACACCAGAAUCGUUCGCCUAGCUUCUUCCUUCAGGAGGCUUCUCAAACCAACCAAGCGCAGCAGGGCAGGUCCAGCAUUAGCCAGAAAUCACAUCUGAUGGAGCACAACACCCAUGACUCUGGAGCUUAUAUGGGGCUGCAAGUGGUAAAGACUGACUCCCCUGGUAGCAGUGGCCACCUUCAUCAUCACCACCAGAACCAGACACAGCACAGGGCAAAUUGCAAUGGAGGUUCACCCACAGAAGGGUCCGGCCAAGCAAGUUCUCUACAGCUGCUUCAGUACCAGGGGCCCUUUCCUGGACUAGGAUCAGAACAUGAAGAGGUUGUUGGUUUAGAGCAAUCUGGUAAUGUGAAUUCAGCUCAGACUGGAGCCACUGAAAAUGGAGGCGAGAACCUCCUUAAGCCAGGGGAUCACAUUCAAGCAUGUGGCACAGGAAACAGAGAAGGAGGGAGAUCGGAGCACUACCUGCAACAGGCUUCAGAUGGUGCCACUGGAGGGGCUGGAGCCACAGGUGAAGGAGUUACGAUGCAUAAUGGAAAUAGUGAUGGCGCCAACCGCACCCAGCAGCUACAGCCUCUCCUCCAUGGCACAAGUAUGGUGCAAGGACUCUACAAUGCAGUGGGGGCUCAUCAAGGUCUGAGUGCAGCAACUAAUAAUGGAGGAACAGGUGGAAGUGGCAUGGAGAUCAGUCUGGACCACUUUGACAUAUCGUUUGGUAACCAGUUUUCUGACCUUAUCAAUGACUUCAUCUCAGUGGAUGGUAGUGGAACAGCCAUGGCUGCUGGCAGUGCCCUGUAUGCUCACCAGUUAGCCACAUCUCACAACACUGAAAAUCAGAACACAGCAAGUGGGCCCACACAGGAGGAUGGAGGAGCCAGAGGCUCAGGCUACAGCCCUUCAGAGCUCUGCCUUCAACCUUGUUGUAGCCCUCAGUCUCUAAGUGGAGGUGUAGGAGCAGGGGGCAACACUGGAGAAGCUGGAUCAUUGUCCUACAUGAAUGUUGCAGAGGUUGUUUCUGCAGCUGUUGCUCAUGGGGCUUUGGGAAUGUUGCAGGCCACUGGCCGCCUCUUCAUGGUCACUGACUACUCCCCAGAGUGGUCUUACCCUGAGGGUGGAGUGAAGGUGCUGAUCACUGGUCCCUGGCAGGAAGCCAGCUCAAAUUACAGCUGCUUGUUUGACCAGAUCUCGGUUCCUGCUUCUCUCAUCCAGCCAGGAGUGCUGCGUUGCUACUGCCCAGCUCAUGAUACAGGUCUGGUGACGCUACAGGUGGCCAUCAGUAAUCAGAUUAUCUCCAAUUCUGUGGUAUUUGAGUACAAGGCUCGGGCUCUCCCAUCACUGCCAUCCUCUCAGCAUGACUGGCUUUCUCUGGAUGACAACCAGUUCAGAAUGUCAAUCCUGGAGCGCUUGGAGCAGAUGGAGAGGAGGAUGGCAGAGAUGGCCAGCCAGCAGCAGACGAGCAGUACAGGGAGUGGCGGAGCAGGAGGAGGAACAGGAGGUGGAGGUGGGGGAGGAACGGGUGGAGGCAGUGGAGGAGGGGGUGGAGGAGGGAACAACAAUCAGUCACAGUGUGCAUCUGGCCAGAUGCAGGCCAGCAGCUCCUUUGAGAGUCGUGUUGUAGUGGUCUGUGAAAAGAUGAUGAGCAGAGCUUGCUGGGCCAAGUCCAAACAUUUAAUCCACUCUAAGACCUUCAGAGGGAUGACACUCCUUCACCUGGCUGCUGGCCAGGGCUACGCCACCCUCAUCCAGACACUCAUCAAGUGGCGUACUAAACAUGCUGAUAGUAUUGACUUGGAGCUGGAAGUGGACCCUCUAAAUGUUGAUCACUUUUCAUGCACACCUCUGAUGUGGGCAUGUGCACUUGGUCAUCUAGAGGCAGCAGUAGUCCUAUAUAAAUGGGACAGAAGGGCCCUUGCCAUACCAGAUUCUUUGGGUCGUCUGCCUCUGUCAAUUGCUCGUUCUCGAGGCCAUACCAAGCUGGCUGAGUGUCUUGAGCAACUGCAGAGGGAAGAGCAGCAACCACCAGCCUCUCUGCCGGCCACAACUUGCAUGUCUUUCUCCCCCACCCCUGAUGCGCCCACCUCCGACAGCUGGAUGGUCAGCUGGGCAAACGACAGCAUAGUAGCACCCAGUGGCAAGAAAGGAGGCCCUGCUAACACAAUAACCACACCCAGCACCACCAGCACCAAUCCAGAUUUAAGAAGGCCAAGAUCAGAGCCUUCUAACUGCUACAGCAGUGAUGGCCAAAGAGACCUCCCAUUAGCUAAGAAACAUAAACCCAACCCUGAAUUAUUUCACAAUCGGCCCGACAAGCCCAUGUCUGUCCCUCUGAGCCUGGAGCAGCAACAGCUCCAUAAACUGUCCUCCAUCACAAAGAGUGUGUCCUCAGAAGGCCUGAGUGCAGACAAAGGUCUACCAACAGGAGGCAGCACUGGGACCACCAGAUGGACGUCCAGAGAGAACUUCUCCCACAGCAGCCUGGGGAAGAAGGCUGUGGGGAUCAGUGGGGGCACCAGUCUAGGAAAAGAGAAACUGGUUAACAGACUACGGCAGCGAGAGCAGCUUGGCAUGCUGGUUAUGGCGGACAGAGAAAUGGCAGAUUCAGAACUUCUAUCAUAUCGAGAGGAUCUGGAAAACCAGGACUGUCUCACUCAGAUGGAUAACCUGCAGGUCAAUAUGAUAACUCUGGCAGAGCAGAUCAUUGAAGCAACACCAGAGAGAAUCAAAAGGGAGAACUUCAGCACUGCAGACUCUGGGCCCUUAGACACAUCAGCAGUCAGCACCACCAUGAACUGGCUAGCCAGCUACCUGGGAGAUGUAGAACAGCUGCCAAGCAUCAUACACCUACGAUCUCUGUACAAUGAACCUCUGACACCAUCAUCUAACCCUAACCUGAGUCCUCGGGGAUCUCCGCUUAGAGAGGGUCCAUUGGAGAGGUCUGCUGUCCCUUCUCCGUCUGACUGGAGUGAGUUCAUCAACGCCUCCAACAGUAAAGUGGAGCGAGACCUGGCCCAGCUGACUCUGUCAGAUCCGGAGCAGAGAGAGCUUUACGAGGCUGCCCGAUUGGUCCAAACUGCCUUCCGCAAGUACAAGGGACGGCCGCUCCGAGAGCAACAGGAAGUAGCUGCUGCUGUUAUACAACGUUGCUACAAGAAAUACAAACAGCUAACAUGGAUAGCCCUAAAGUAUGCACUUUAUAAGAAGAUGACGCAGGCCGCCAUCCUUAUCCAGAGUAAAUUUCGCAGCUACCACGAACAGAAGAAGUUCCAGCAGAGCAGGAGGGCGGCUGUGCUAAUUCAGCAAUACUACCGCAGCUACAAGGAGUUUGGCAAGCUGAAGCCCCAUCACCGUGGGGCCGCUGCUGCCCUGGUACAGCACAAACUUAGAGGGAGUCUGCUCACGAAGAGGCAGGAUCAGGCUGCCAGGAAGAUUAUGAGGUUCCUACGACGCUGCCGCCACAGCCCCUUGAUGGACCAUAGACUGUUCAAGCGGGGUGAAAGAAUUGAAAAAGGCCAGGGAACAUGAGACGCCUCAGAAGAGCUCCCUUGCGAUGUGACAUCACUCCCCCUGCUUCCUCUUUUCUUUUUUGUUUGUACCUGAGACAUUUUACAAGAGAACAGAACAAGAAAAGGAAAAAAAAGAAAAACAUCAGUUCAAGCACUGCUGUUAUUAUUACUACUAAAGCAGUGUUACAGGUUCGACUACUAUUACAUUGUACAACAGCAAUUUUUCUUUUUCAACAUGUGUAUUCUUUCCACUGACUUGGGGACUUCUGCAGAAUUAUAAACUGAAAGAACAGGGGCAACGGGUGCAGAACAUUGGCUUCAUGGCAUUUUUUGCACUUUUCCAUGGACUGGUUUUCUGUGUUUUGUUUUGUUUUUUUAAGCUAGGAAGAAGUUUUGGACAGCGAUGAGAGAUGACGGAGGACAGGUGGUCGGUCAAACAAGAGGACCUCAAAAGAUGAAAGUUAGGGCUGUUGCAGGAAAUCUUAAAGGACAAGGAGACCAUGCAGAAACACUCUGGGCUCUUACUGUAUUUCAUCUUAUUUUUUUAGUUUUUUUAUGGCCACACAUCACUAAAAGACAGAUUUUUUUUACCAUACUGACAUGUCUAUUUUAACCCACUGCUGGCGAUUUAACAAUAUCCGUUAUAGCUUAGCGUUCUUUCCAGUCCUGCUUUACUCUACCCGUCCAGUCUGCCCAUCCGGGUGGAGCUACAAUUGAAUGUAGUGGGGUUUAAACAUUCAUACUGAAGAUGAUUGGGGAUUAAAAACAUUUUCUUUUAAAAAGAUACUAUGCUUUAUUGUAUAUAUAUAGUCCCUUUAUUACUUGAAUUUGUUUCAUAUUGUCCAAUGUAUUCCUUCCAUCAUGUCUAAUGUAUUGGUGAGCUGUAUCUUCAGGCUAUAUGUUGUUAAAACCUACCAAGAAAAAAAUGCAUGACUUCUAGACAAAAAAAGUCUUUGCUUGUGUGAUUAUAGUCUAGUCUUUUGGUCUUUCUUCUGUUUAUCCUUUUUUUUCUACCCUCAUAAGAGCCAUUCUUAUUUCUGCAAUUAAUCUCUAUGUUCUCCCAGGUAACUUGUUUGUUUCAUGUUUGUCUCUCUACAUGAGGAAAGCACCUCCUUAUUCUGUGUUGUAACCCGUUUGGCCAUGCAGGUUAUCAUUGUUCUUUUAAGUUGAACUCCGGAGCCUCUGCAGGCUUUAGAGGGGAAGAUCACAUACAUUGCCUUGACAUCUUAGAGAUUCCCUGUGGGGUCCCUAAGUUUGUCCCAAAAUAGGGGUUUGACAAAUCCAUAUUGUUUGACAAUUGAGUGAUUUUCUGUAUAUAAAAGAAGGCUGCAAGUAUGUAGGGGGAAAAAUAAACAUGUUCCCUUACAGGGAUUGUAUUUUAGAAAUAUAUUAUUUUAUUCAUUAAAAAUGGGUCAAAAACAGGUACAAGACAAAAACAGAAUAUUUGUAUAGUUUUGUUUGAAUGCUGAAGAAGUAUGGUUCUAUUGUUUGUAUAUAGUGUAAAUAUCUGGGAUAAAGAUGAGCUAAGUGCAUGAAAAUUAUGAACAGAGCUAAAAGGGGGGAGGAAACUAAAGCAGUAGUGGCUAUGCUCUGUAAAAUUAAAAACUAUUUCACUAUUAGAGUAUUUUAAUUUAUUUUGAUUGUUCCGGAGACAAACAUUUUGCUAAAGCAUGAUAUUAUUGCAUAUGAAAAAGUAAAAAAAAAAUAAUGUAUUUAGUGUUAGGAGAGGUCUUUAAAAGUUAUCUUAAACCCACUAUAGUUACUUUCAUUUUUUUUUCAUAAUCUGUUAAGUUUAGGCUCCCAAGAAACUUUUGCCAACGGUGCCAAGGUUUACGAUUGCUAUGAAGCUUAAGAAUUUAUUUAAGUUCAUUUUUGCAGAACAGAUAAUCAUACAGUGAAAUACACUCUAAGGAAUGAAAACCAUAAUAUCACAACUGGCUGAGGAUUGAAGAAACAAGAACUUGCAAAGGGACUCAUUUUCAAACGGAGGGCCUUUUAGUUUAGUAAGUUUAAUGCGUUUCUGCCAUCUGUAUAUGUAGAGCAUUUGUUCAUCUCCUAAUAUACCAUAUCAAAUACGUAUGUACUUCAUUUUCAUCAGUUAAAAAAAGAAUGUGAUGAUUAUUGCGGUAUCGUGUUCGAACUUAAAGAUUGUAAAUGGAAGCCUUGCUUAUUUUGAUCCCAAAAACCAAUCCUCGCGGUAUUGCUCCCUAUCACUCAACCAGAUAGAAUUCAUCAUCUCACCUGUGCAAGCUGGUCCACCAAGCCUUGAUUCACAACUCGUAGAUUGACAUUCAUCAAAUUAUGGCAGUAUUUAUUAGGAUUGACAUGAUGCAUAGCAUGUGUGUAAAAGAUUUUUUUUUUUUCCAGUAAUGUUUGGCAAAAUCAUAUCUGGUAUUCUGCAGUGUGAUUUUGGUCUCUGUGAUGUUAAAAAUAAAUUGGGACCAUGAUGAAUAUAAUUUCCGAUGUUCAAUAUUAUGCACAUUGUGCCGAAUUGAAUGCUGAAACAGAAUCAAAAGUCAAUUUGAGUUCAUAUUUGCCCAUUCUUUCAGAUUCAGGCCAGAGCUCCAUCUAGGAAAUCUUAAGAAAAGGCAUCCAGUCUUUUUACUGUACUGUACUUUCAGUGAUGUGUAAGGUUGUUUUUGUGCAAGUCAUACAAUUUGUUAAUCAGGUAAAGAAAUUCUUUUUGUUCUUCUCAUUAUACUGUACUAAUAUUCUUACAGAGGGUUUUAAGAAGAUUUUAACCAGGACUGACUGCUUUAUUUGAAAGAAAAGAUUGUUUAACAAUCCUUAGUCCAAAAAUAAAGAGAAUCGAUUCAAGGUCUAUUUAAGCUUUUAUGCAUGUAGAAGUCAGCAGGUUUCUGUUUGAAAUUCCAUAAAUUUAUUCAAUAUUCCUGUAGGUCUCUUGGAGGCCCAUGAUUAUUUGAAGCCUUGAAAAAACCUAUCAGAGUGAAAUUACAGUUCCUCCCUUUUUGAUCACUGCCCUCAUUGUGCCAUUUUUUAUACUUAGCUGUGCUCAAAUUAUUCAUACCAGUGACAGAUUAGGUGAAAAGUAAUCUUCUAGGUUUUAAUAACAUGCUUCUUAUAACUGGAAGUAAUAAAUCAUCAGGCAACCAGUAAAACAUGCAAAAAGCUGAUCCGCUGUAAUAUGAUCUAUCUGAUAUUCAAAAUAAAGAGUAAUCAACUAACCUAACAGUUUGUGGGAGGAAUUUGGAGUAUCAGGAGAGAAUCCAUGCAUGCUUGGGCUAAAGAUGCAGAUAACAUCCAGAAAAUCCCAAACCUAUAGCUAAAAGCGCCCUUAUAUUGCUGCAGUAUAACAUUGCUAACAAGCUUGGCAUUGCAUGGGCAGCCUACACUUAAAACACUGUAAGAUGCUACGAAUUAUUUUUAAUAUUACCCUACUUGAUAAAUUUAUACAAUGGGAUCAUUUCAACGGGAACAUCUCAAUCUUUUUUUUGUUUUACCUUUCUGCAAAUCGUGGCCUUUGCUAAAAGACAAAGGUAGCCAAAAUGUUACAGAAGUCCUUUACUUUAGGUUAAUUCGAUUACCUAGAACCCAUAUCGUAUGUUAUUUCAAGGUUACAAGGAUUCAGACCCAGGUGUUCGAUCUUGUUUUACUCAUGAUGUCAGAUUUUGUUGUUUUUCAGUUGAAUGUUACUGGAUAUGAGUCACGUUAGAGGUGGGAAAAGAUUAGAAAUUAUAUAGCAUGGUCAAAAUCUUUCACGUCACUCCACCCUGACAUUUUAACUGGUUUGUAAAAUGUAUGAUCCACUGUAUAAAAAAAA